CGCGAACGGUUGAUGCUGAGGCAGAAACGAGAGAAGAAUCUGCGCGCGGCCAACUCCAGCUCUGAUUUCCACUGCAUCUAAAGGUGUGUGAAACCGUUGAGGUUGGAAGUGCAAUGGCGUCCUCUGGAGACAUUCAGGUUAAGGAACUGGACAAGCGUGCCUCAGGACAGGCUUUUGAAGUCAUCCUGAGUCCUACGGCUCCAGAUGCCAAGGGAGAAUUCCCACUUUCCACCCCCAAGAAGAAGGAGGUAUCUCUGGACGAGAUCCAGAAAAAACUGGAGGCGGCAGAGGAAAGACGCAAGAACCAUGAGGCAGAGGUCCUGAAGCACUUAGCUGAGAAACGAGAGCACGAGAAGGAAGUCCUUCAGAAAGCAAUGGAGGAGAACAACAACUUUAGCAAGAUGGCAGAGGAGAAACUAAACCAGAAAAUGGAAGCCAACAAAGAAAACCGCACAGCACGCAUGGCAGCACUGAAUGAGAAGUUCAAAGAGAAGGACAAGAAGCUCGAAGAGGUACGAAAGAACAAAGAAACAAAAGAUGGGGCAGAGGGUGAAAACUAAGUUUUCGCUCUCAUUUUCCUUUUCAUUUAGGGUAUAGUUUUGGGCUUUUUAAUGUAUCCAAAGAUUUUUUUGUUCCAUUAAAUUGGCCAGUUUUCCGUGUUUGGAUCCAUGUACUUGCCACUUUUUUAUUAAGGGGUUUUGGGGAAAAGCUGGUGCACAACAUUUCAUCAGUUUGUGUAUUCAGUUCUGUCUUUUAUCAUCCCAACUAACCUGUAGAUUUGUCCAGUUGCAGCUCUAUAGCGUUUAAAAUGAGCAGUGUUUUGCUGAUAGGGAAGCAUGGCUGUUUUAUGCUUAGGUCUAUUAUAUACUUGGUAUACUGCAUUGUGCAAGUCCACCUGUUCCCUUGUAUGUCAGUACUGCCAUCCUAUGAGCUUAUUAAAGUUUUACAGUUGUUUGUUAUUGUACCAGUUUUGCCACUGCCUCUUUGUUGAUCUGUCAGUCAGCCAGAUUGUAAUGUGGAGUAAAAGAACUUCUUAAAAUCGGUACACUAUGAAUAUAAAUGGCAGUUUCUGUAUUCUAUAUGGAAAUUAUUUUUUGCCAGAACAAUAAUGAGUUCUUUUUGGACACUUUUUGAUGUACUCUUUAUAGUCUGCAUGAGAUCCUAGUGUGAAAACUAAACAUUUCAGUAUCCA